AAAUAUCUCCAAGAAUUUGGCUAUGUGGCACCGAGCAACAGCCUCGGUUCUGCUCCAGGAUCGUCUCCCGAUUUCAGCGACAUAGGGAGCCUCUUCAAACGAGCUAUCACGAAGUUUCAAGAAUUCGCUGGUCUAAGACCGACUGGCGUUCUAGAUGUGGAGACGAAGAAGAAAAUGGCUGAGCCAAGAUGUGGUGUGACGGACGUGUUGGCUGUGACUAGUGGAGGUGCUGCCUUCAAGUGGCGAAAAAAUCGUCUUACCUACUCGAUCGAGAAUUUCUCAUCCGAUUUGCCACGUGAUGAUGUAAGGAGAGCUAUUCGGGAGGGCUACGAUGUCUGGGCUGCCGUUACACCACUAGAAUUUGAGGAGGUACCGGCUGGUAGUGGAGCAGAUAUCAAGGUUCGUUUUGGAACUGGCAAUCAUAACGAUCCGUGGCCAUUCGAUGGAGCAGGUAAGAGAGUGCUCUGA